CACUCCACCACUGCCGGCUCAACAGCAGCAGACGCGAUGGAAGUACUGUGGGAGCUUGUCAAGCCCAUGCCGUCGAACAUGGGCACGCCCAAUGUGACGGACGACGUCCUGCUCGGCUUGGCCUUUAUGGUUGUCAUUGCCUUUGCCGACUUUGUCCUCCUCCGCAACGUCUUCAAGUUUAUGGUCGACGACAAGAACGGGCGGUACUUUACCCUCCAUGUGGCCAUCAACGCGUAUGUGGUCCUUGUUCACUUUGAUGAUGUUUACUACGCCAUCACCGAUCCAUGGGGCUCGGUCUUUUGGCCUUGCGACAACCGCGGCAUCAUCGCCAUCGCCGCCCUCCAUCUCUACCACAUCGGCUUCUACCAGCCGCUGCCGGCCGUCGACUGGGUCCACCACAUCAUCAUGAUCAUCAUCCUGCUCCCCACGGCCUAUCUGCUGCAGCCUGGCCCCAUGCUCGGCGAGGGUGCGUUCUGGGCCUCGGGCCUCCCUGGCGGCAUCGACUACCUCAUGCUCGUCCUCGUCAAGGCCGGCAAGAUGAACUCGCUCACCGAAAAGUCGUGGAACACCACCAUCCAGACCUGGAUCCGCAUGCCCGGCUGCCUCUACCAUGCCUUUGUCUCCUGGGCCGCCCUCAUGCGCCUUGUAGGCAUGCCGUACGAUCCCGCCUCGCCUCGCCUCCCCUACGCCCUCCUCCCCGACCACAUGCUGCCCAUCACCAUCUGCCUCAUGAUCACCGUCGUCGGCUUCUUCUGGAACGGGCCGUACUUUGCCGCCCGCGUCGUCGCCUCGCACGCCGUCCACACCGAGCGCAAGAAGCUGGCCGCCAAGGCCAAGUGAUGGUCUUGCCGCUGCCGGUUGCCGAAUCGUGAUGUGGCGGACACAUGCCAUGCCCAUGGUCUCCACUACAACUAAACCACCCUGGCUGUCAU